CCGUGGCUAGCACAUGGUGCCGGUUACUUGUUUUAGCCUGAAUAUCUGCUUUUCACGUGGUCAUAGUGACUAUUUUGAAAGGUGACACGAGGGAAAACAUAUCGUUUGUUGUCACUGUAACGUCUUUUUGUAUAUUUAUUGGCAUACAAAGGUUAAAUAACAGUAUUAGUCAGGAGUCAUCUUCGUGAUUUCUUACUGUCUUCUUCGUACUCCCCCCGCGAAGCCCCGCUAUUAUCGUUUUUUCCCCCCGUGAAUGUGGGAGUUCGCCUGCGUUAUCAGCCAUUCACCUCAGUAAUUCCCCAUCAUGAACAACUUACAUAGACGGAGUUAGUCAUCCCGGUUCAGCAGCACAGCCACGAAAUUGUCAGACGGUGAGAAAUAUCUCGUGCCUGUGAUAGUAUAAAAAAAAAACAUCUAUUAUUAUCCGUCGGCGAGGUGAGCUUCUGGUCCAUUUCAGUGGGAGAGGGAUUCCCUCAACGUCACCAAGGAUACCAAACACAACAAGCACAAAUAUGGUCAUGUACGUCAGCGGAACUCCGAGGGAGGGACUAGAAAUGCCCUGGUUGUAGCCGAUGAGGAUGGAUUCAUUCAUAAGACAAGAUCUGCUACUGUACACCGUAAAGCUAACGUCCUCCGGCACACAGUGAACGGACUUUAUGGAUUUAUAAUCGCAAACUAAGAACAGCGCUCCGAGGAUUUAAAGCUAAACGAGAGGACUUCUUAACACAUUGAAUCGGGACACUUCCCCCUGAACGCGGGGAACUGGAUUAAGCUUCUUCAUGCAACUUUUUUGGAAAGAAACCAAGAGCAUCUCACCGGAGUUUAACAGGAAGAUCAGCAACUGUGACAUCGCGCUCUCUCGGGUAACUGCAGGUGUCACUUUCUCUCUCGGUCCCUCCGGGGAAAUGUACCAAGGGUUCCCCGGCGACCCAGACAACGGAUCCCGUGGAAGCUCGUCUCCAUCCAUAGAGUCCCAGUACCUUUCAUCUGUGGACUCCUUCGGGAGCCCGCCGACCACCAGUGCUCCGCAGGAGUGUGUGUCAGCGGGAGCUGGCUUGAGCAUUGUGGACAGCGGGCCAGGGGCCAGUGUUGGAGGGGAAAUGCCCAGUUCAUUCGUACCAACCGUCACCGCCAUCACCACCAGUCAAGACCUGCAGUGGAUGGUUCAGCCAACCCUGAUCUCCUCCCAGGCUUCUGGACAGAGUGGGUCCACUGGCACCACAACCAUGACCCAGCCGGUGUCACUGGUGGACCCAUACGACAUGCCAGGUCCCAGUUACUCUUCGGGGUCUGGAUUCACUCCUCCAAGUUCAGAAACUCCGGGCCCAGCUCCGGGCCCCAUCCGCCAGUCCAGAACUCGUAGCCGCCGCGCUAGAGAAGAGUCUGUGAGUGAGGAUGGAGAUGUUGGUGUGUUACUCACACCUGAGGAAGAAGAGAAGAGGCGUGUUCGGCGAGAGCGAAACAAGCUGGCUGCCGCCAAAUGCAGAAACCGCCGACGAGAGCUCACAGACAGACUGCAGUCGGAGACAGACAUACUGGAGGAGGAGAAGGCCGAGCUGGAAGCUGAGAUCUCGGAGCUGCAGAAGGAGAAGGAGCGCCUGGAGUUUGUCCUGGUGGCCCACCAGCCGAACUGUAAGAUCCCGUACCAGGACCAACCUCAGCAAGGCUCAUCGCAGCUCCCUCCGCUCCAGUCCCAGCUCCCUCCCCAGACCUUACAACCUCCUGUCUCCAUUGUGGGCUUGGCUGUGAAAGAGGACUCUUUCUAUCUGCCUCCUGCCUACACAGCUCAUCCGGCCUCCACACAGCCCCAGCCUCCGGUUCAGCAGCAGCAAGUCCAGCAGCAGCCAGGGAUAAUGCAGGAGGUAGAGUUUUCUAGUUCUUUCUAUGGCUCAGCUGAGCCGGCACCAGGUGGGCCAUGCCUCAUGGCCAGCGACAGUGGUGGUGGUGGUGGUAACGAUGACGCUGCGGCCAUUGGCAGCUACAACACCUCAUACACAUCUUCAUUUGUGUUCACCUACCCAGAGGGAGCCUGCGGGGUUAGUGCCAACCAGCGGAACAGCAGUAGCGAGCAGUCAUCUGAUUCCCUGAACUCGCCUUCGCUGCUGGCACUCUGACUGACCGACAGACACACGCGCACACAUAUCGACACACACACACAGUAUGCUCGCUGGAAGUAGAGGCUGAGGCAAGUACAUGCACAGUACCCAUCAGUCUCAAAGAUUGAUAAAAAAAAAAAAAAAAAAGACCAAUCAUUUGUUUCUGAUUGGCUUAAAGUUUACACAUUCUGAAAUGCAUUCCAAUUAAGAGCCAUAGAAAUAGUUGCACAUGAAAUACAUUUGAUCUAACUUUGAUCAUUGGGCCUAAAUAAUUUCUUGUUUUGUGUUAUUGGAAAACCUGCAACUGGACAACUUCAGUGAAUAAAAAACGAGUCACAAACACAUCAAGUCCAAGUUGCCAAUCUUAAGUGCUCUGAAUCAACAGAGUAGUUCUCAAGAAUAUUCUCAAUCUUGGACAUGUACAGAACAUUGAGUGAGUUACCACAAACUCACUUCACUCUACACUCCAACAAGCACCAGUGCCCCCAACUUGUUCCCUCUGUCGGUCGCCCUUUUUCCAGUGCUCUUGCUCUCAUCCUUUUCCAUCUUCUUCUCCCUUCUUCCUCUUGCUGAAUGUAUUUGUGCAAAUCUGAAAAUAGGGACGAAGGACAUUUCUGUUCUUUUCUUGUGGAAGACAGGCCGCUGAUUUCUCGCUCCUCUCUAACCCUUCAUCUGCUCGGCCUCCCUCUGCUUCUUCAUUUGCUGCUUGGACUUGGCAAGUUGGGGAUCUGAGUAUCACAGCCUCCACUAAACCUUGUGCUUUCUUCUCUCGUUUUAAAAAAAAGUCUUCUUCCGUCUGCCUACCUGCCAUGCGACCCAUCUCUGCCCAUCUCUCUCUUCUCUUCUGUCUCUUUGUUUCUCCCUCUCUCUGAAGUCUUCGACCCCCGAGAGCCCGAAGACCCCGUCCAGCCCCUGGGACCUUGAGUGAAUGAUGGCCCUACUAACGCGUCCUUUUGCACCCUCUCAUACAAGGACAUGGAUGCAACCCUCCACACAGAGGAACCUUUUUCUUGGAGCGCAUUGCUCAAAGCAAAACAGUGAACAGCAGCUAGAAACAUUCACACACGCACAUAGACACAUAAUUGAUGAACGCUACAUGCAAGACGGAUGCCACUGUCUUCUGCUGAGCCAUUUUUCAAUGUACACAUGAUGAUUAGACACAUCGUCGUGAGGUCGGUUAAAAGUGAGGAUGGAGAGAGGUUUAGCAGGAAGGGAGGAAGGAAGUGCGACCAAGCUGGACAAACGAAGAGGAUGACUCUCAUCCUAACCAUCGAUUUUUGGAACCAAAUGUUGAAAACAAUGAGAGAGCUAAAUGUCAAAGCAAAAAAAAAAAAAGAAAGAAAAAAUCUGCUCUUGCCAACUGUGUGGAAGGGUGACCUCAGUAAAAACACCUCCAUACCACAGAGCCUCAUCACUCCGGGCCUACAUGCGCAUAUUCACGCCAUCGCUUUGAAGUCUCUGAACUGAAGAUACAGACGUUUUGUUGCAGCGCACCAGCUCCGUGUUUUUUGCUAAGAAUCAAUCAGAUGUGAACCGAUGCCUUUAUUUAGAGGAGAGACGUUUCUUUCCUAGUGAUUCAGACAACCUCUAAACACUGGGCUCAGUGGUCUCUGUACCUCCCCUGUUUUCUCAGUGGAGACGAGGCGGGGGUGCGAUUUAUUGUGAGUGCGUCCACUCUGAGGCACCUGGCCCGUUUAUUUCUUUCUUUAUUGAGGUUGAUGUGGUGAGUGAGCACAAAGCAAGACCUGGAAACAAAAAAGAGGAGAACAUAUGGGCUGAUGUUGUGGAGUGAGCGUCCUUUCCUUGCCUGUGAAUUUGUACAAUUUGUUUUUCCUGUAUGUUUGAGUGAGAAUUGUUAUAUAUUUUAAUGUCUAUGUUUGUUUGCGUGUUUGAUUGUUUUGCAUUGACCUCUGCUUUCAUUUGUGCCGUUGCCGUUUCUUGUUUAUUUUUGUUUGUUUUGUUUUUUUUAAUCAGGAGAUUUCCUUAUAACUGUUACUAUUAUUAUUGCAUUGUAACGAUUGUUUCAUUAUUUUAUUGUAUUUUCAUUUGGCAACUUUGGAGGCAUGUUGUGCACUACAAAAAAAAAAAAAUCUGAUUAUAAGUCUAUAUGCAUAUACAUAUAUACAGGUAAAAUGUAUAUACAAGUGUAUGUACCAUGAUUGUAAAGUAUGAAUGUUUGCAGAUCUAAAUGGGAUAUUUUUGUCAAUGAAGAACAAGAUAAAAUGUUACUGAGGUUUAGUUUUAAAAUAAAUAUUUUUCUAAAGGAACAAAAAAAAAACUAUAAUAAAUUUAAAGUACUGCCCUAUCCCUAAAAAUGAAGCACGAUGUCACUGCCUCUAUCAAUGUGUAUUUAUGUUUUAUAAACAAUAUAAAGCACUAUCCAAGUUACAUUAAAUGUAUGUUUAUAAUUAUGAUGUUAGAAGGUUGUGGUAACGCCUUUGUUUUGUUUGUUUGUUUUUUCUCUGUGAGGUCUGUCCCAAUGCUACUGACACCUUAAUGCCACUUGAUCCUUCACAGAUGCAAAAUGAGGAAAAGAAAUAGUGUGAUUGAAUGUCAAUACACGUAUUAAAAGUGUUCAGACUACAACAUAAUGACUAAACUGUUUCAUUUAAAGGACAAAGUAUUUCAUACGCAGUAUGCAUUUCUGUCCAGUAUAAACAUAUCACUUAAGAACUUUGUUAUUUCCUAACCAAAAUGUGUGUUUGAAGGAUAAUAACAGUUUUAGCCUUGAUAUGAACAUUCUCAUAUUUAUCAAUUCUUGUACUAAAACAAAUAUGUUGUCUAAUUAACAUAAAAAUCUCUUGUGAUUGUAUUUGCUGGAUAAGAAGCUUUAUUUUCAAUAAAUAAACAUGUUUACUCAAAGAAUGCCAAGAUUAAUGAUAACAUUUUUUGUUUAAAUGUGGCUCUUGGUGGUCAGAAAAUGGGCAGACCUCAUUUUUCAAAAUGUUGAAUAAGGACUGUGUUUGUACAGAUGUUGGAGAUGCCUUUUGAUUUCACUCCAAAUGCAAAUGUGAUGAGAAUAUGUUCUGGUGUGAGAAUAAGCAUAAAACAUAUUCAAUAGUUCUCAUGUACAUAGGUUUUUGUGGUGCUACUUACAGUAUACUAUAAUGAUGAGGCAGUUUCACAUUGUAUGGUGAAAGGUUAAACAUUGCUGUUGCUGUGGUUCCAGACAUAUGAACACAUUUAUUGAGAAUAGAAGACAAUGACACAGUGAAUUCCCAGCAGCUGAAGCUCUGAGAGCCCCAGUAAUGAUUACAUUUGAUUUCUAUCAAUUGCCUGCUAUAUCUUUAAGUGUCAUAAACAAAUCCCAGAGGGCCUUUGUACUGUAUCUGCACUCCACACUUACGUCCCUGAUCGCCACACAGCAUAUUAGACUCAUUCUUUUGUCUAAUUUCUUUGCAUUGGAUUUAACCGAGGUUGUCUGACUUUGCUUUUUUUCUGUAAGGCACAAUCAAAAAAUGGGUUGCUAAUGAAUUGGAAAUGGUGACAAAGAAGGAAAAGGAGGUAUAUUUAGCUGCCGGCUAUAAGAGGGAGAAACUGCCUGCACCCACUUGUACUGUACAAUGGCUGCGUUAGCGUUAACUGAACAAGAGCUUUCCUAUUUUUCUAUGAUGAGGUGAAUGUUGCUAUGUAUUUCUAUUUUUCCACAAGUCCCAUAUACGCGCUGAUUUAACAUUUUCCCUGGUAUGAAAUGCAAUACUUUUGAUCCUCUUGGAUAAACAUAAUGUAGCAAAUCAUGCAGUGCUCAAACUGACAGCUACUAUAUGUCAAGUGUGAUGAUGUAUUGCUUUAAUCAUUAAUUUUUGUUACAAUAUUAAAGGUUAUCCAAAAUACUUAUUGUAACAUUUAAUUUUGAGACAAUCGUCACAAACAAUUGUGUUACAAUAUAUCUUAUUAUAUACAUAUAUACACACACAUUAUAUAUAUAUAAAAGUUAUUUUUAAUUUCAUUCAUAUAAGUUCCUCCACUUCAAAAAGCCAAUGCCUCUCCUAAUACAGUCCUUUAAUCAAUGUUUCAUCAAUUUUAUAUGAUUUGAUAUGUUUUAAGGUCACCACAGUGAAAGGUCCAAAGAAACUUCUAGAUGUGGCAUUGUCAGAUGUCAUGAAGGUGCUCUGAUAUCAAAUUGUCUAUUUUUUCAGUGCAUAUGAUUUAACAGAACUUACUAGUUUUCUGCACAUCACUAUCAAGUACUGUUUACUUAUUUUUAUAACUUGAUUUACAUUGUGUUUACUCUUAAAGAGGACCAAAGUGUACGACAAAUUUGACGCUUUUGUAGUCCCUGUGUGUGAUCUUCUGUGUCCAUAUUUCAGCUUCUGGCACUUUUUGUUAUCCUUGGAAAGUUUACAUGAUAAAGUUUUUUCUCAGUUUCUAGACUGCAAAAGCUGGGUGAGCUGUCUCCUUUAAUGAUGGUUUGACCAAAUGCCAUUCAUUUUCAAUUUGUGAAGACAUUAUAUAAAAUAAAAAAAAACAUAUUAUGAACUA